UAUGUCCACCCAAGAGACUGUUACUACCACAUCAUCCUCUGUGUUGAGUACAACGGAGCCAGAAAAAGAAGCAGCUGCUGUUAAAAUAUCUACUACUUCUGCUUCUCCCUCCUUUGCCACUGAAACAGCUACCGCCAUCUCAAGUGAGCAACCAGAACAGACAAGUACAGAUAUGUCUCCAGGCAGUGAGACCUCCGCUGGCACAUCAUCGUCUUUGUUAAGUACUGAAAAACCGACCCUGUUACCCUCAGGAAAGUCGUCAAUCUCGCCAAUCACAGAGAAGACAGAGAUCAGUGCUGAUCUAACAUCUAAAGAUGAAGCUGGUUCUGGUGAUGAAGCUGGUUCUGGUGAUGAAGCUCCUUACGUGUUCUCUCAGAUGUCUGCUGUCACAACUGUAUCUUCCCUGGCAAGCACAGAGGGACCAUCCACAGUGUCAUCAGAAACGUUCAGCACAAAGAAACCAUCAGUGACAACAGAAUCCCAUGAAAAAAUUGACAGUUCAAGGACAACAGCAUAUCCAGCCUCCUCUCUGUACAGCACUGACACGCCCACAAGCCAAUCAAAGACAGCCUCUGUUUCACCAGAAGAUAGUGUAGUUUCAUCUUCAACCCUUGAAGAGGGCUCAGAUGGUCAAACAAUUGACAUGUCCACCCAAGAGACUGUUACUACCACAUCAUCCUCUGUGUUGAGUACAACGGAGCCAGAAAAAGAAGCAGCUGCUGUUAAAAUAUCUACUACUUCUGCUUCUCCCUCCUUUUCCACUGAAACAGCUACUGCCAUCUCAAGUGAGCAACCAGAACAGACAAGUACAGAUAUGUCUCCAGGCAGUGAGACCUCCGCUGGCACAUCAUCGUCUUUGUUAAGUACUGAGAAACCAAGCAAGUUACCCUCAGGAAAGUCGUCAGUCUCGCCAACAACAGAGAAGACAGAGAUCAGUGCUGAUUUAACAUCUAAAGAUGUAGCUGGUUCUGGUGAUGAAGCUGGUUCUGGUGACGAAGCUCCUGACGUGUUCUCUCAGAUGUCUGCUGUCACAACUGUAUUUUCCCAGGCAAGCACAGAGGGACCAUCCACAGUGUCAUCAGAAACUGUAGUGGAUAUUUCAAAUCAGACAGUGAUGCCAUCAACAUAUGUUGCCUCAGAUGUCACAAAGACCAGUUCCAUAACCAGCUCUCAAAGUUCAACAUCACCUGAGGCAUCCGCAGAUUCUAGCGAUGAGAUCGUGGAAUAUGGUGUUAGCGAAGAACCUAUCAUGCUGGAAUCUUCCCCUUCCUUCUAUGGAUCAAGCACAGAGGCGGCCACAGCAGUACUAACUACUCCUUCUGACACAGAAUUUCCAGCGGACCUGACUUCUACGAUAUUUACUGAUGAAUCGUUAAUUAUCUCAACCACCAUUUCUUCUUUUUUCACCGCAGAGAAACCUGCAGUGACAACAGCAUCAGAUAAAGCAAUUGAUGGUAUAAAAUCAACCUUGUCCCCACCUUCCUCACUCUAUAGUACAGAGAAACCAGCAUUAACAACAAAACCUCAAGAAAAUGUCUCUACAGAACAAUCCUCUAUCACAGCAGAGACUAUUUCCAUUUUUGCAUCAACAGAGGAGGGCUCUGGUGAAGUAACAUCUGAUGGGUCUCCUAAAGAGACUGAAACAGAAUCAUCAACAUCAACGUUCAGCACAAAGAAACCAUCAGUGUCAACAGAAUCCCAUGAAACAAUUGACAGUUCAAGGACAACAGCAUUUCCAGCCUCCUCUCUGUACAGCACAGACACGCCAACUAGCCAAUCAAAGAAAGCCUCUGUUACACCAGAAGAUAGUGUAGUUUCAUCUUCAACCCUUGAAGAGGGCUCAGAUGGUCAAACAAUUGAUAUGUCCACCCAAGAGACUGUUACUACCACAUCAUCCUCUGUGUUGAGUACAACGGAGCCAGAAAAAGAAGCAGCUGCUGUUAAAAUAUCUACUACUUCUGCUUCUCCCUCCUUUUCCACUGAAACAGCUACCGCCAUCUCAAGUGAGCAACCAGAACAGACAAGUACAGAUAUGUCUCCAGGCAGUGAGACCUCCGCUGGCACAUCAUCGUCUUUGUUAAGUACUGAAAAACCGACCCUGUUACCCUCAGGAAAGUCGUCAAUCUCGCCAAUCACAGAGAAGACAGAGAUCAGUGCUGAUCUAACAUCUAAAGAUGAAGCUGGUUCUGGUGAUGAAGCUGGUUCUGGUGAUGAAGCUCCUGACGUGUUCUCUCAGAUGUCUGCUGUCACAACUGUAUCUUCCCUGGCAAGCACAGAGGGACCAUCCACAGUGUCAUCAGAAACGUUCAGCACAAAGAAACCAUCAGUGACAACAGAAUCCCAUGAAACAAUUGACAGUUCAAGGACAACAGCAUAUCCAGCCUCCUCUCUGUACAGCACUGACACGCCCACAAGCCAAUCAAAGACAGCCUCUGUUUCACCAGAAGAUAGUGUAGUUUCAUCUUCAACCCUUGAAGAGAGCUCAGAUGGUCAAACAAUUGACAUGUCCACCCAAGAGACUGUUACUACCACAUCAUCCUCUGUGUUGAGUACAACGGAGCCAGAAAAAGAAGCAGCUGCUGUUAAAAUAUCUACUACUUCUGCUUCUCCCUCCUUUUCCACUGAAAAAGCUACCGCCAUCUCAAGUGAGCAACCAGAACAGACAAGUACAGAUAUGUCUCCAGGCAGUGAGACCUCCGCUGGCACAUCAUCGUCUUUGUUAAGUACUGAGAAACCAAGCAAGUUACCCUCAGGAAAGUCGUCAGUGUCGCCAAUAACAGAGAAGACAGAGAUCAGUGCUGAUCUAACAUCUAAAGAUGUAGCUGGUUCUGGUGAUGAAGCUGGUUCUGGUGAUGAAGCUCCUGACGUGUUCUCUCAGAUGUCUGCUGUCACAACUGUAUUUUCCCAGGCAAGCACAGAGGGACCAUCCACAGUGUCAUCAGAAACUGUAGUGGAUAUUUCAAAUCAGACAGUGAUGCCAUCAACAUAUGUUGCCUCAGAUGUCACAAAGACCAGUUCCAUAACCAGCUCUCAAACUUCAACAUCACCUGAGGCAUCGGCAGAUUCUAGCGAUGAGAUCGUGGAAUAUGGUGUUAGCGAAGAACCUAUCAUGCUGGAAUCUUCCCCUUCCUUCUAUGGAUCAAGCACAGAGUCGGCCACAGCAGUACUAACUACUCCUUCUGACACAGAAUUUCCAGCGGACCUGACUUCUAUGAUAUUUACUGAUGAAUCGUUAAUUUUCUCAGCCACCAUUUCUUCUUUGUUCACCACAGAGAAACCUGCAGUGACAACAGCAUCAGAUAAAGCAAUUGAUGGUAUAAAAUCAACCUUGUCCCCACCUUCCUCACUCUAUAGUACAGAGAAACCAGCAUUAACAACAAAACCUCAAGAAAAUGUCUCUACAGAACAAUCCUCUAUCACAGCAGAGACUAUUUCCAUUUUUGCAUCAACAGAGGAGGGCUCUGGUGAAGUAACAUCUGAAGGGUCUCCUAAAGAGACUGAAACAAAAUCAUCAACCUCAACAUUCAGCACAAAGAAACCAUCAGUGUCAACAGAAUCCCAUGAAACAAUUGACAGUUCAAGGACAACAGCAUAUCCAGCCUCCUCUCUGUACAGCACAGACACGCCGACUAGCCAAUCAAAGACAGCCUCUGUUACACCAGAAGAUAGUGUAGUUUCAUCUUCAACCCUUGAAGAGGGCUCAGAUGGUCAAACAAUUGAUAUGUCCACCCAAGAGACUGUUACUACCACAUCAUCCUCUGUGUUGAGUACAACGGAGCCAGAAAAAGAAGCAGCUGCUGUUAAAAUAUCUACUUCUUCUGCUUCUCCCUCCUUUUCCACUGAAACAGCUACCGCCAUCUCAAGUGAGCAACCAGAACAGACAAGUACAGAUAUGUCUCCAGGCAGUGAGACCUCCGCUGGCACAUCAUCGUCUUUGUUAAUUGCUGAAAAACCGACCCUGUUACCCUCAGGAAAGUCGUCAAUCUCGCCAAUCACAGAGAAGACAGAGAUCAGUGCUGAUCUAACAUCUAAAGAUGAAGCUGGUUCUGGUGAUGAAGCUGGUUCUGGUGAUGAAGCUCCUGACGUGUUCUCUCAGAUGUCUGCUGUCACAAAUGUAUUCUCCCUGGCAAGCACAGAGGGACCAUCCACAGUGUCAUCAGAAACGUUCAGCACAAAGAAACCAUCAGUGACAACAGAAUCCCAUGAAACAAUUGACAGUUCAAGGACAACAGCAUAUCCAGCCUCCUCUCUGUACAGCACUGACACGCCCACAAGCCAAUCAAAGACAGCCUCUGUUUCACCAGAAGAUAGUGUAGUUUCAUCUUCAACCCUUGAAGAGAGCUCAGAUGGUCAAACAAUUGACAUGUCCACCCAAGAGACUGUUACUACCACAUCAUCCUCUGUGUUGAGUACAACGGAGCCAGAAAAAGAAGCAGCUGCUGUUAAAAUAUCUACUACUUCUGCUUCUCCCGCCUUUUCCAUUGAAACAGCUACCGCCAUCUCAAGUGAGCAACCAGAACAGACAAGUACAGAUAUGUCUCCAGGCAGUGAGACCUCCGCUGGCACAUCAUCGUCUUUGUUAAGUACUGAGAAACCAAGCAAGUUACCCUCAGGAAAGUCGUCAGUCUCGCCAACAACAGAGAAGACAGAGAUCAGUGCUGAUCUAACAUCUAAAGAUGUAGCUGGUUCUGGUGAUGAAGCUGGUUCUGGUGAUGAAGCUCCUGUUGUGUUCUCUCAGAUGUCUGCUGUCACAACUGUAUCUUCCCUGGCAAGCACAGAGGGACCAUCCACAGUGUCUUCAGAAACGUUCAGCACAAAGAUACCAUCAGUGACAACAGAAUCCCAUGAAACAAUUGACAGUUCAAGGACAACAGCAUAUCCUGCCUCCUCUCUGUACAGCACUGACACGCCCACAAGCCAAUCAAAGACAGCCUCUGUUGCACCAGAAGAUAGUGUAGUUUCAUCUUCAACCCUUGAAGAGGGCCCAGAUGGUCAAACAAUUGACAUGUCCACCCAAGAGACUGUUACUACCACAUCAUCCUCUGUGUUGAGUACAACAGAGCCAGAAAAAGAAGCAGCUGCUGUUAAAAUAUCUACUACUUCUGCUUCUCCCGCCUUUUCCAUUGAAACAGCUACCGCCAUCUCAAGUGAGCAACCAGAACAGACAAGUACAGAUAUGUCUCCAGGCAGUGAGACCUCCGCUGGCACAUCAUCGUCUUUGUUAAGUACUGAGAAACCAAGCAAGUUACCCUCAGGAAAGUCGUCAGUCUCGCCAACAACAGAGAAGACAGAGAUCAGUGCUGAUCUAACAUCUAAAGAUGUAGCUGGUUCUGGUGAUGAAGCUGGUUCUGGUGAUGAAGCUCCUGUUGUGUUCUCUCAGAUGUCUGCUGUCACAACUGUAUCUUCCCUGGCAAGCACAGAGGGACCAUCCACAGUGUCAUCAGAAACUGGAGUGGAUAUUUCAAAUCAGACAGUGAUGCCAUCAACAUAUGUUGCCUCAGAUGUCACAAAAAACAGUUCCAUAACCAGCUCUCAAAGUUCAACAUCACCUGAGGCAUCCGCAGAUUCUAGCGAUGAGAUCGUGGAAUAUGGUGUUAGCAAAGAACCUAUCAUGCUGGAAUAUUCACCUUCCUUCUAUGGAUCAAGCACAGAGGCGGCCACAGCAGUAGUAACUACUCCUUCUGACACAGAAUUUCCAGCAGACCUGACUUCUACGAUAUUUACUGAUGAAUCGUUAAUUAUCUCAACCACCAUUACUUUAUUGUUCACCACAGAGAAACCUGCAGUGACAGCAGCAUCAGAUAUAGCAAUUGAUGGUAUAAAAUCAACCUUGUCCCCACCUUCCUCACUCUAUAGUACAGAGAAACCAGCAUUCACAACAAAACCUCAAGAAAAUGUCUCUACAGAUCAAUCCUCUAUCACAGCAGAGGCUAUUUCCAUUUUUGCAUUAACAGAGGAGGGCUCUGGUGAAGUAACAUCUGAUGGGUCUCCUAAAGACACUGAAACGGAAUCAUCAACAUCAAUGUUCAGCACAAAGAAACCAUCAGUGACAACAGAAUCCCAUGAAACAAUUGACAGUUCACGUACAACAGCAUAUCCAGCCUCCUCUCUGUACAGCACUGACACGCCCACAAGCCAAUCAAAGACUGUCUGUGUUACACCAGAAGAUAGUGUAGUUUCAUCUUCAACCCUUGAAGAGGGCUCAGAUGGUCAAACAAUUGACAUGUCCACCCAAGAGACUGUUACUACCACAUCAUCCUCUUUGUUGAGUACAACGGAGCCAGAAAAAGAAGCAGCUGCUGUUAAAAUAUCUACUACUUCUGCUUCUCCCUCCUUUUCCCCUGAAACAGCUACCGCCAUCUCAAGUGAGCAACCAGAACAGACAAGUACAGAUAUGUCACCAGGCAGUGAGACCUCCGCAGGCACAUCAUCGUCUUUGUUAAGUACUGAAAAACCGACCCUGUUACCCUCAGGAAAGUCGUCAAUCUCGCCAAUCACAGUGAAGACAGAGAUCAGUGCUGAUCUAACAUCUAAAGAUGUAGCUGGUUCUGGUGAUGAAGCUGGUUCUGGUGAUGAAGCUCCUGACGUGUUCUCUCAGAUGUCUGCUGUCACAACUGUAUCUUCCCUUGCAAGCACAGAGGGACCAUCCACAGUGUCAUCAGAAACGUUCAGCACAAAGAAACCAUCAGUGACAACAGAAUUUCAUGAAACAAUUGAUAGUUCAAGGACAACAACAUAUCCAGCCUCCUCUCUGUACAGCACUGACACGCCCACAAGCCAAUCAAAGACAGCCUCUGUUGCACCAGAAGAUAGUGUAGUUUCAUCUUCAACCCUUGAAGAGGGCUCAGAUGGUCAAACAAUUGACAUGUCCACCCAAGAGACUGUUACUACCACAUCGUCCUCUGUGUUGAGUACAACGGAGCCAGAAAAAGAAGCAGCUGCUGUUAAAAUAUCUACUACUUCUGCUUCUCCCUCCUUUUCCACUGAAACAGCUACCGCCAUCUCAAGUGAGCAACCAGAACAGACAAGUACAGAUAUGUCACCAGGCAGUGAGACCUCCGCAGGCACAUCAUCGUCUUUGUUAAGUACUGAAAAACCGACCCUGUUACCCUCAGGAAAGUCGUCAAUCUCGCCAAUCACAGAGAAGACUGAGAUCAGUGCUGAUCUAACAUCUAAAGAUGUAGCUGGUUCUGGUGAUGAAGCUGGUUCUGGUGAUGAAGCUCCUGACGUGUUCUCUCAGAUGUCUGCUGUCACAACUGUAUCUUCCCUUGCAAGCACAGAGGGACCAUCCACAGUGUCAUUAGAAACGUUCAGCACAAAGAAACCAUCAGUGACAACAGAAUUUCAUGAAACAAUUGACAGUUCAAGGACAACAGCAUAUCCAGCCUCCUCUCUGUACAGCACUGACACGCCCACAAGCCAAUCAAAGACAGCCUCUGUUGCACCAGAAGAUAGUUUAGUUUCAUCUUCAACCCUUGAAGAGAGCUCAGAUGGUGAAACAAUUGACAUGUCCACCCAAGAGACUGUUACUACCACAUCAUCCUCUGUGUUGAGUACAACGGAGCCAGAAAAAGAAGCAGCUGCUGUUAAAAUAUCUACUACUUCUGCUUCUCCCUCCUUUUCCACUGAAACAGCUACCGCCAUCUCAAGUGAGCAACCAGAACAGACAAGUACAGAUAUGUCUCCAGGCAGUGAGAACUCCGCUGGCACAUCAUCGUCUUUGUUAAGUACUGAAAAACCGACCAUGUUACCCUCAGGAAAGUCGUCAAUCUCGCCAACAACAGAGAAGACAGAGAUCAGUGCUGAUCUAACAUCUAAAGAUGUAGCUGGUUCUGGUGAUGAAGCUGGUUCCGGUGAUGAAGCUCCUGAAGUGUUCUCUCAGAUGUCUGCUGUCACAACUGUAUCUUCCCUUGCAAGCACAGAGGGACCAUCCACAGUGUCAUCAGAAACGUUCAGCACAAAGAAACCAUCAGUGACAACAGAAUUUCAUGAAACAAUUGACAGUUCAAGGACAACAGCAUAUCCAGCCUCCUCUCUGUACAGCACUGACACGCCCACAAGCCAAUCAAAGACAGCCUCUGUUGCACCAGAAGAUAGUGUAGUUUCAUCUUCAACCCUUGAAGAGAGCUCAGAUGGUCAAACAAUUGACAUGUCCAACCAAGAGACUGUUACUACCACAUCAUCCUCUGUGUUGAGUACAACGGAGCCAGAAAAAGAAGCAGCUGCUGUUAAAAUAUCUACUACUUCUGCUUCUCCCUCCUUUUCCACUGAAGCAGCUACCGCCAUCUCAAGUGAGCAACCAGAACAGACAAGUACAGAUAUGUCUCCAGGCAGUGAGAACUCCGCUGGCACAUCAUCGUCUUUGUUAAGUACUGAAAAACCGACCAUGUUACCCUCAGGAAAGUCGUCAAUCUCGCCAACAACAGAGAAGACAGAGAUCAGUGCUGAUCUAACAUCUAAAGAUGUAGCUGGUUCUGGUGAUGAAGCUGGUUCUGGUGAUGAAGCUCCUGACGUGUUCUCUCAGAUGUCUGCUGUCACAACUGUAUCUUCCCUGGCAAGCACAGAGGGACCAUCCACAGUGUCAUCAGAAACUGUAGUGGAUAUUUCAAAUCAGACAGUGAUGCCAUCAACAUAUGUUGCCUCAGAUGUCACAAAGACCAGUUCCAUAACCAGCUCUCAAAGUUCAACAUCACCUGAGGCAUCCGCAGAUUCUAGCGAUGAGAUCGUGGAAUAUGGUGUUAGCGAAGAACCUAUCAUGCUGGAAUCUUCCCCUUCCUUCUAUGGAUCAAGCACAGAGGCGGCCACAGCAGUACUAACUACUCCUUCUGACACAGAAUUUCCAGCGGACCUGACUUCUAUGAUAUUUACUGAUGAAUCGUUAAUUAUCUCAACCACCAUUUCUUCUUUGUUCACCACAGAGAAACCUGCAGUGACAACAGCAUCAGAUAAAGCAAUUGAUGGUAUAAAAUCAACCUUGUCCUCACUCUAUAGUACAGAGAUACCAGCAUUCACAACAGAACCUCAAGAAAGUGUCUCUAAAGAUCAAUCCUCUAUCACAGCAGAGGCUAGUUCCAUUUUUGCAUCAACAGAGGAGGGCUCUGGUGGGUUAACACCUGAUGGGUCUCCAAAAGAGACUGAAACAGAAUCAUCAACAUCAACGUUCAGCACAAAGAAACCAUCAGUGACAAAAGAAUCCCAUGAAACAAUUGACAGUUCAGGGACAACAGCAUAUCCAGCCUCCUCUCUGUACAGCACUGACACGCCCACAAGCCAAUCAAAGACAGCCUCUGUUACACCAGAAGAUAGUGUAGUUUCAUCUUCAACCCUUGAAGAGAGCUCAGGGGUUGAAACAUCUAAUUUGUCCACACAAGAGACUGUUACUAUCACAUCAACUUCUGUAAAGAGUACAAAGGAGCCAGGACAACAAGCAUCUUCUGUUACAAUAUCCACCACUUCUGCAUCCCCCUCCUUUUCCACUGAAAAAGCUACCGCCUUCUCAAGUGAGCAACCAGAACAGACAAGUACAGAUAUAUCGUCAAGUGAUGACACAUCCAUCAGUAUAGCUACUGUGUUGCCCACAUAUUUGUCCACUGUAACCAGUGUCUCUGCAUCUUCAAUACAGUCAACAGAAGAAGGUCCAAUAGAAACACCUUCAGAGGCUACAAAGGAGGAAACAUCAAUGGACCACACCGUUUCUUCAUCGUCUCCAUCAACAACUCUGCAAACCCGUGGUUAUCCCACAAGAGUCACUUCGACAUUCAUCGACAUGGAGAGUUCCGGGGACUCAUUUGUGGAUGAUGAUCUGGGGAGCACUCCUGAUGGAUCAGGUUCUGAACUACUGAUGGAGACCUUUAUAAAAUCAAAAGUGGGAGUCACUCCUGCCCCAGUUAAGACUGAGAUGGUUGAGCAGAGCACAUCAGCAGUGCCAAGCUUUGCAACAUCAACUUAUUUAAGCACAAAGCCAACCAUGGAUUCAGAAUCAUCAACCCAACCUCCAUACAUUACAAGCACAGAGACUUUAACUGUCACUAUCUCUGUGUCACCAGGUGGAAGCACAGCUGACCACACACAGGAUUUUUUUAUUCAGUCCUCCAAUGUAACAGAUUCAUCUGUCUACACAACUGAGUCAACCACAGAAGUCUUGGCUACAAAUGAGCAUAUUGAUUCAGCCUUCCCAGAAACAAUUACAAGUACUGAUGAGACAGUUUCUAUAACAUCGGCAAAACCUGAAACACAAUCAGAUGGUUCAGGGGACCUAUUAACAGAUGUGUCAUCAAUGUUCAGCACAGUGAUACCAAAAGUAAUAACGUCGUCACAUGAAACAACAACAGGUUCCAUUUCAAAAUCUGAUGUAACAGCAGCUUCUUUCCCCAUCAGCUCUGAAGAAUCAACCACGGACCCUUCAAAUAUGACGAUAUCCAAUUCUGUCUCAUUACGGCCUUUGUUGACUGAUACAUCGAAAUCCACCCUAACCAUUACUUUGAUGGAAGAAAAAAGUUCCAGUUUCCAUCCCCCUGGGGUAUUCACUUCGACUCCAUCAGAAGCCACAGGUGAAACAGAGUAUUUUGUUUCAGUAACACCAGGCUCUGAUGAGAUGGCUACCUCAAAAGAAAGGGAGAUUAUCCGAGCUACAGAAAGCACUGUGAGUUCUGAAACAACACAGACUCCAAGUCAUAGCCGCAUGGACGAAAGUAAUACUUUAGCUGAGCAAACAAGAGACUACUCCCAUCCAACCAUGAUGCCCAAUGCAACCUUAAAGUUAGUCAGUGAUCACAGUUCAAGUGACACCACCAAGUCAAGCUCAAGCAGUGAAUUCACAUCAAUUUCAACCGCUUUCCCCUCUAUUGUUUACCAUUCUGUGACAGACCAACAGAUUCUGAUUAUUAGUCCCACAACCAGCCAAACCAAUGCUGAACUAAGUGAACAGACCCCUACAAUGAUUCUGCAUGGGACCAAACCAUCAGCAAGCACCACUCGCAUAUUCACAGAGGAAGACACAGAUGAGGAUACGAUUUUCUCAACAGUGACAGAUGGCAUGAAACAUGGAAGCCUAGAGCCUGGCCUUAUUACCAAAGAUAAUACUAUCAUCGAUGCAGACACUUUUUCUGUGGUUUCCACCAUUCAGACUGAGGAAGAAGGAGGUUUCACAGCAGUUACGAUGACACCCAUGCUGGAUGGGACAGAAGAGAUAAAAGGUUCUGGAAGGGAUGAGGUAAUUUCUAAAUCCACUCCAGCCACCCUUGAUUCAACAUCAGAAUCCUCUGAAAAUUCCUCUCAUCGUUCAGAAUCAACAAGCAGCUCUGCAGAGAUCAAAAUGGUCCCAACAGAAGAAGAAGAAGGCAGCUCUAGUAGUUCUAGUGAGUCAUCCAGUGCUGAGGCAGUGACAUUUUCGCCACAGAGCACGGGGGAAUCUAAAUUAUUGACUGUGCAAUAUAGCACGUUCCCCACUGCAAGUGCCGACCAAACCACUCAACGAAUGGAUGCUGAUUCUACGAGUGACAGCAUUAACGAUAAGGAGAGUGGGUCUACCACAGAAAUCUCAUCCACUUUGCCUCCUUCUCAAGCUUCAAACGAAUCAGCUGAAAUUGUGACAACAGCAGUGCUUAAAGGUCAAGAUACAACAGCAAAUGCAAAGACUACUGCUUCUUCACUGUUCCGUACUAAGACCCCAAUUGUUUCUGUAUCAGAUAUUACGGGUGAGCCUACUGCCACAGUAAAAGCAGAACAAGGAAGCCUUUCCUCUAUAUCAGAUAUCACAACAGAGGAAAGCUCUGGUCAGCCAAGCACAGCUAUGUUUACAGAAGAACCUUCUUUGUACAGCACAACCAAACCCCUAAAAGAUAUGAACACAGAAGAGGCACUGAGACCCACUGCCUCCCUGCACGCCACGGAGGAACCCACCAUUUCCUCUGGCAAAGAUGUGACCAGCAAAGAUGACUCAUCUGAACAAACCCCACCUAGAACAAUGGUCAAUGAAACAGUGAUGGUGGAACAAGUGCCAAUCCCCACUAUUUCAGCUACUACAAGUGUAGGAGCUGUGUCAUCUCUUUAUAGCACCCAAAAACCAGUUAUCACAUCGAGUCCAGAUUUUACUGAGUACUCUACCUUUUCAGAGACUUCCACAGUGUACACAUAUGCAGUAAAGAUUGAUGAACUGCCUUCCACAAACGUUCCAACUAACGUUACUAAACAGCCAUCAGCGGCAAAUGGCAUUGAUGGUGAGAGCUCCGGUGACAAGGCAAUGGAUACAACCACUAACCAAAACAACAUCUCCAAAUUAUCACCGAAAAUUAUAAUAGAUGGAAAUACUUUAUCCACCUCCACGUCCUCACGUCCUCACAGCACAGAGAAAACACUGACUGAAACAGAAAGAGAUGAAGCUACUAAGGAAUCAACUGAAGAAUCAGUUUCAUCAAUGGAACUUCAUACAGCAUCGUCUCAACAAUGGGUCUCAGUUCCUUCCUCUGCCAUCGCAACAUCAUCAACACCUGUGGACAAAGUUCAAUUUGUCACCACUUUUGUGCCGGUACCUGAAGUAACAUCAUCAGCAGAAUCUUAUCAGCAGGCCAGGUCGGAGAUUACGUUUAUACAUCAUUCCUCAGUCGCUGUCAGCGCAGCGGAAAUAGUUUCGGCUACAACAAUCACAACUAUGGUCUCCAGUGAGAGGACCACCUCCCCUCCUACUGAAAAGGGUGUCACUGCAUCAACAACUGAUAACUCUUUGUUCGAUGACUCAUCCAGCCAGUCAACUGCUACCCUAGAAGUUUCAACUUCCGCAGAAAGCCUCCCUGAAAAACAGGAUGGUGUUGAAAAUACAUCUGAUAAAACUGAAGCAUCGACCAAAGUCCCAAUGACCACCUUCUCUAGUGUGGAUAAAGUUGUGGAUUACAACAGCACAGGGCCUGCUGUGCUUGUAGCCAUAACUGAAAGCGGUAAGACACAUUCUGAAGAGUCCACACUGAGUUUCAAGGAAGUAACAUUGAUUCCGGUUACAUCACAGGAUAACUUAUCAAUACUUGGCCACACAGAGAACCCAAAAGCUGCCCCCAUUUCAGGGAUUUCUGAAUCAGAAGCCUCAGGGGAUGGGACACCUGUUAUCUUCAUCAGAGAGAUGUCCACACUAUCACCUCCGAUGUUGAUGGAAGAAAGUGAAACGGUAACAAGCGGAGGGCAAACUCCUUAUGUGGCACACAUCGAGGAAACUUCUACAAGCUCAGAAGAGGAAGGUUUUACAUCUCAGACGAAAACAGUAGUUACCCCAUUCCCAACCUUGGCCUUGGCUCCCAAUCUGACCAUAGAGGAUAGUAUACAUAGCAUACAUUUGACAGCUGCUACAUCACAGCUUGAUGUCAAUAUUCAGUUUGUCACAACAAGUUCUCCUUUACAACAUCUGACAACCCCUGUAGAAUCCUUUGAACAGGCCAGAUCUGACGACAGCUUAACCCAUGUGCCUUACACCGAUCAUUCCUCUGAGGAUGCACUACUAAGCACAACCAGCCCCCUGUUGCCAAUUCAGAAGACAACCCAGAGUUCAGAGUCAACAGCCAACCCUGUAGAUGGGUCAACUUCAAAAGACAAUUGGACAAUUGAACCUCUAAAAGAAGCCAGCUCAAGUAGCACAGAGAGUGAAUCGUCAACCUCUACCCCGUUUUAUGAAAAAGACCCAGAUUAUGGCAUCCCAGUAGAUUAUGAAGCACCAGACCUCUCCAAGGUUGAAUCGGUCCCGAUUUACCCAGGAGCACCUCCAAGCGCUCUGCCGCAAACUACUCAGAGCCAGUCUGUUAUCUCAGCAGGCAGCGAAAGUGUCUCUGAGGGAAGCACUUCUCAAUCCUCCGUAAUAGCAGGGAGUACCUCUGUUGUGCCUGCAGUGGAUCUGGAGAGUGACAAGGUUGAAGACAAAACUGAGCUAUCGGCUGCCAUCACUAGCCCGCCCUCUAUGAUAAUAACCAAAGCGCCCACUGUUGAGGCCGGUGAAGAAUCCACUAAAGAAAAGCCCUCAGCCGCUCCCGGUGAGAUCAAGACUGUAUUCAAGGCAGAUGUUACCACGAGUUUACCGAUGAUCAGAGAGCCAGGUAUGAGAGAGGAUUCCAUGAGUGUGGACAGAGAAGUGUCUGCCACUACGACCGCAAUCGUGCCUCUGGCUGAGACACAAAGCCUGGAAGACAUAAUCACAUCAUUGCAUACAACACCUUCUUCAUUCUCCAAUGAAAAUGACACAGUGGACCGGGAUGGGACACCCUAUUCACCUCUCUUCAAUGAAGGAUUGCCGAUCAGUGGAGAAGAACCCAGCAACUCUGCUGAAACUGGACUGGACAUAAACCACAGCAUCAUCGGCGAGACUGUUGAAAUUCCAGGUUUUCACUCAUGUGUGAACAACAUUUGUUUGAAUGGCGGUUCGUGCUUCAAGACCGGCAGUACAAUUUCAUGCAGCUGUCCCCCUGGUUACAGUGGAGUCCGUUGUGAAACAGAUAUUGAUGAAUGCCAGUCCAACCCUUGCCGUAACGGUGGUACAUGUGUUGAUGGGGUUGGCUGCCAUACAUGUGUGUGCCUUCCCAGCUACUCCGGCCGUAACUGUGAAGAGGACACUGAAACAUGUGGCUAUGGCUGGCAUAAAUUCCAGGGCCACUGCUACAAGUACUCUCCCCAUAGGAGGAACUGGGACAACGCAGAGCGCGAGUGCAGAAUGCAGGGCGCUCACCUCGCCAGUAUAGUUUCCCACGAGGAGCAGCAGUUUGUCAACCGUCUGGGCCAGGACUACCAGUGGAUCGGCCUGAACGAUAAGGUGUACGACAGCGACUUCCGCUGGACCGACGGCAACCCUCUGCAAUAUGAGAACUGGAGGCCAAAUCAACCGGACAGCUUCUUCUCCGCCGGGGAGGACUGUGUCGUGAUGAUCUGGCACGAGGACGGACAGUGGAACGACGUACCUUGUAACUACCACCUCACCUACACCUGCAAGAAGGGCACAGUGGCCUGUAAUCAGCCCCCUCUUGUGGAGAAUGCACGUACCUUCGGCAAGAUGCAGCCACGCUAUGAAAUCAACAGCCUUGUGAGGUACCAGUGCCAGACCGGCUUCGUUCAGAGACAUGUGCCAAUCAUCCGUUGCCGUGGGGAUGGACGGUGGGAUACGCCCCAAGUAUCCUGCAUGAAUCCCUCAAGUUAUCAGAGGGCCUUCACCAGAAGACAUCAACACACUAGCCUGUACAGUAUCCACAACUUCAAAAGGCCAGAGGAGGCCAUCAACUAUCAACGCCAGCCAAGACACAGGGGGAAAAGAGACAGGACUGGUUACAAGUUGAGGAUGAGGAGACAGUGACCGCCAUUAAACAUGGACUAAACUGCACAUGGCACAUGGUGUGUCAAUAAGAAAUAAUUCCUACAAGAAAAGGACAAGAGAAAUCUCCUCUGUGAAGAUCAGUGGAUGCAAUUUUGGAUGGCAAGUCAAGCCUUUAAGUGCCUUAAGAAGACUUGUUUUUGGAGGUCAUUCGCUUAUAAAAAGGAGAAAAUGCAAAGAUGGAUCCUUUCAGAUGGCUACUGGAAAAGAACAUUCAUUUUUAAUUCUCCAAUGCUGCCACUUUAAGAACUUUAAGCUGAUGCAUUCAUGACCAAAUAAUAAUAAUGUACUUACUUUAUAUUUUAUUUUUUUACAGUGUCUUUCUGAAAUCACCAAAGUAUUCCUUACACAGAUACCAGAAUUCCGCUUUUUUUCUAUAUUGUAGCGCUUAUGUAAUGUGAAGAUCAUAUUGUGGGGAGUAAUGCAAGCAGAGACCUGAAUCCGCUUAAUGAUUGUGUGUACACACGGUCAUCAAAGUACACUUAUCCAGCUGUGUUCUUUGUUUAAAUCAAUUGUGUGGUCUACAAGAGCAGAUCAGUAGAGCAAUCAGCUGAACGACACAGGACAAUACACAGGAAAAUCCUUGGUACAUCUGCAGUUUAUUUGUCAAACUGUGUAAGUUAUUGCAGCAACAGUCUUUCACUGUUUAACGAUUUGUACUAAUACAUCUUAUCCAAGCUUGUGGUUAAACAAAAACGCCAUGCAUUUUUUAAAUGGCAAAUAUCUGUGUUUUCUACAACUUACAAUAUCUGUAAAACUACAUAAUUAUGACCCAAAGACUCUUCUUUUAGGGGCAUAGCUAUGCAUAAUUCCUGUUACCUUUUCCUUGCCUUGUGCUAAUGUCUAUCAACAGUUGAGAGAAUGUAUUUUGUGAAUCAAUAAGACUUGAACCUGAUGCCUGUUAAACCAGAGAUGCUUAUAAUUUAUUUCCAAGCUGCUCAAAACUGUAUGCCUUUACAGAUAAUGUAAUAUUCAGUAACCUGGGCCAGCAGUUCUCUUUGUGCAUACAGAAAAUGUUGACCAGCAAGCAAAAGAGCUUGUGUUUAUGGAAGAUGACAUGCCUGUGAAGAUGAUACUUUACUUAUAAAUACAUUUAAACUAUACAUAAUUUCAUAAAAAGACAACAGUGGAUGAAAGGGUAGGCACCAUCCAUUGUACUUGUAUUCUCACGUUGCAAUGGUGAUGUUGUUUUGUUACAAAAGGAUUUCAGAUUUUUUAUUUUCUGUCUGAGUGUAUGUGUGUGUGUGUGUGUGUGUGUGUGUGUGUGUGUGUGUGUGUGUGUGUGUGUGUGUGUGUGUGUGUGUGUGUGUGUGUGUGUGUGAAUGUGUGUGUUUCUUUCAGCAUUCAAGUGCACAUAAUAGCAUUAUAUAUUUAUACUAUAAAAAAAAAGUAUUUUAAAAUGUGAAUGUCUGGGAUGUUUCUGAAUUGUUUUCGUUUUAUUGUAAGCUUUUCUUUUCUGUUUUCCACCAUUAAAGAAAU